AUGGCCGCCGAAUUCGUAGGGUAUACGAUUCUUGUCACGCUCCGCACGCCGGCAAACGCGCAACUCCAAGGAGUCGUCGCAAAUGUCGUUGAUCAGAAUCUGAUCUUACAGGAUGUCCUGCUACUUUGGAGCGGCCAACGAAUCCCCUCGUAUACCCUGAAUGCCGACCUCAUCGCCGACCUCGAGGUGGCACCCUCACAGCCAUCCUCUUCCUCAUUACCCACACCGACUGCCACAUCACACCCAUACCCCGGGGCCUCCGCGCAGCAUGUACCGUCAAAUGGCUCGCAGACGUAUCAGCAAACGGCGUACCAAGAUCCUGCCAUUCUCAGCUACCACAAGCCGUCACAUCAACCUGUCUCGCCCAUUAUGAUCGCAGACGGCAUUGUCCCUAGUCCAGUGUCGCCGCAAGGCCGAGGGAUCGUCAAGCAGAGCUCUGUGUCGAGUAUAGCCACGUCGCAGCCGCUCAAGCCCAACAGACGAGACUCGGAAGCUACAGCGAUUCUGACGGAGCCCUUCGAUGCUCUAGCGUUGGGAGUCAAUGACAAGAAGGUCGCGAAGAAGCACCGCUCUACACCCUCACAGGCCGUGCCCGGCAUCAUCGAUGUCAAGAGUAUGCACGCGCCCUCCAUAGCGGCACCAGUGAAAGAGAAGAAGCCGGGAAAGGGCAAGGGCUGGCGCAGCACACCUCUCAUUGAAGAGCGGCCAACACGACGUCAGCGCUUACGGAAAGCAGAAGAGACCAACGGGUGGGCUACUGAGGACGCCACUGACAUCCAGGACAUGCCCGAAUUCGAUUUCGCCAGCAACCUCUCCAAGUUCGACAAGAGACAAGUCUUCGACGACCUCCGCCGAGACGACCACAUUCCCACUGACGAGCGACUUGUCAGCUUUAAUCGACUAGCAAGACCAGGCACAAACGGCGGCAAGAACCUGCAUUUCUCCGAGAACGUCCUGGAUGGAACAAAUAACGGCAACAACGAUCCAUGGAAGAGUGAGGCAGGCGAGACCGAGGACGACGGCCACGUCGAGCCAGAUCACUACUCCAGUGGCCGGGGCUCGAGAAGAGCAAACUCACGCAGACCGCACACAUCAAGUCGAAAAGCAAGCCUACUCUCCAGCCACGUCGCAGAUCCUCGCAACGCAAGUCCUCGACCUCUAUCCCGCGUCGCCACCGCCACGACCCUCUCCAAAAGCGGCCGCACGUCGUCCCUCAAUGGCCUCCCACGCGCAACCUUCCGCCUCGCCUCAAACAACAAGCCCGUUCACUGCGUCUCGCCGCUCCAGAUGCUCGAAAUCGAACAGCUCUGCACAUCCGAUCUAGGCCUCUCCGAAGAACAGCUCUCCGAGAAUGCAGGACGGAGCAUCGCCGAAGCGAUCCUCAAAUCCAGCCCGGAAGCGAAAUGCAUCGUCUUCCUCGUCGGAAACCACAAGACAGGCUCCCGGGCCGUAGCAGCGGCGCGCCAUCUCCGCAACCGCCGACUGCGCGUCACAGUCAUCCUCCUCGGCGGCGAGCGCGAAGACAGCGUCCUCGAAAGUGUCAGGCGGCAGCUCAACACUUAUAAGAAAGGCGGCGGGUGGGUGGAGAAGUGGGAUGAAUAUCAGUCCAAACUCACCAACGCAGCCACGACCGCAACCAAGGGUGCAGCAGCCACAACGCCAGAUAUAAUAGUCGACGCCCUCCUUGGCAUCCACACCACUUUCGACGAGCUACGAACCGACGACCAGGCCGUGGCGUUUGAAAUGACGCGUUGGGCGGGCCGGAACGGGAAUAUCCUCUCAAUCGACGUGCCCAGCGGCGUGUCCGCCAGCUCAGGCCUCCUUUCCGAGGCCGACGAAGGUAGUGGGCAAGCAGUUGUGAUGGACGUGAAAGGUGUGAUCUGUCUGGCUGCGCCGAAGACUGGACUGCUGCAGACGAUGGCGAAUGCGCAUGCGGAGGGAUUUCCGAUGGCGUGGGAAGUGGUGGUCGUCGAUAUUGGUGUCAGUACGAGUGCUGGCAGCGACAUGGGAGUGGGAGUAGGAGGAGGCAGGGCGUUGAUUUCGGGGGCGGUUGGGUCGUGGAUGUGA